UUUCCGCAACACCUCCAGCACAUACUAUUAGUUUUUGCCUGUUUCAAACUCAUUUCAGCUUUGCAAUAUGAUGGAAGUGGAUAUUCCUCCAGCAGAGAUCAAUCUACCAUGGGUAGAAAAGUACCGGCCAGAAUCCCUCAGCGACAUGAUCUCGCACGAGGAAAUCAUCAAAACGUUGGCUCGAUUUAUCAAAAACGACAGACUGCCUCAUCUGUUGUUCUAUGGACCGCCAGGUACUGGAAAAACAAGCGCUAUACUGGCCGUUGUGAACACUAUGUACACUCCAAAGCAACGCAAAUCGAUGGUGUUGGAAUUGAAUGCCUCGGAUGAUAGGGGCAUUGGGGUGGUAAGAGAGGAAAUCAUAACGUUUGCUCAAACCAAGUCUCUACAUAUUGACAAAGCGGGUUCAACUGAACUCAAAUUUGUCAUCCUGGACGAAGCCGACGCCAUGACUAAGGAUGCUCAGAACGCGCUCAGAAGGGUUAUCGAAAAGUAUACAGCAAAUGUGAGAUUCUGUAUAAUUUGCAAUUAUCUAUCAUCGAUCAUUCCCGCAAUCCAAUCCAGGUGCACUAGAUUCCGUUUUGCUCCACUGUCUCUCGAGCACAUUGUGCCAAAAUUGGAGUACGUGAUCGAGCAAGAAAAACUGACAGUGACGGAAUCCGGCAAAGAGGCGUUAUUGAAAUUGUCAUGCGGUGACAUGCGCCGUGUGCUGAAUGUAUUGCAGAGCGCUUCGAUGGCGUUCUCGAAGAUUGAUGAGACUGCUGUCUAUCAAUGUGUUGGUCAGCCUACUCCAAAGCAUAUAGAGAAAAUUUUGCAAAUCUUGAUGAACGAUACUUUUUCAUCAGCAUGUCGAAAACUGCAACAAAAUUGUGGCGGUGAGGGAUAUGCGCUGGUGGACAUCAUCUCGCGAUUGCAUGAUGUGAUAUUUCAAUUAGACUUGCCAUCAAAUGUCAUUAUAUGUUUGAUCAGUGCUCUAGCAGACACUGAGCAACGUUUGUCCGUUGGUGCUUCUGAUAAAAUACAGAUCGGUGGAAUAGUAGCUGCAUUCAUCCGUGCGAGAAGACUGAUCAAGGAAGCUGCGUCAAAGCAGUAG